GCGCUUUUCCGCCUACCAGAGACAAUUACAGUAUUUUUUUUAAUAAUUAUUUUUUUAAUUUAAACUAAAUUAUGAUAUUUUAAAUUUUCAUAUUGUGAAUACGAAGUGAGUGAAGUGUGAUAUUUUUAGUGCUGUGAAUUUUAUUGGAAUUAUUAUUUUUUAAUCAAAAUGAAGAUCAAGGUGGCAGCUUGCCGCAGCGAGGCGCGGUUGCACCUCAACGCGGCGGCCAUCAUGAAAGAGAAGAGCAAGAACGCCGCGCGCUCCCGGCGAGAGAAAGAGAACGCUGAGUUCCUGGAGCUGGCCAAACUGCUCCCGCUGCCGUCCGCCAUCACGUCGCAACUAGACAAAGCUUCUGUGAUCAGACUUACUACGAGUUACUUGAAGAUGCGACAAGUAUUUCCUGACGGUUUGGGAGACGCCUGGGGAGCCGCCCCUCCACCUCCACAGCCUCGCGAGCUAGCGAUACGUGAACUGGGCUCCCACCUACUCCAGACCCUGGAUGGAUUCAUCUUCGUGGUGGCUCCUGACGGCAAGAUCAUGUACAUCAGUGAAACCGCUUCUGUGCACUUGGGACUUAGUCAGGUCGAAUUAACGGGUAACUCGAUUUAUGAAUACAUCCACCAGUCGGACCACGAGGAGAUGAGCGCUGUACUCAGCCUUCAACAUCCGCACUCCUAUUUGGGCCACCAGCAUCCAUCUUUAGGGUACCCUGUGGGAGGCACAUGGGGACCUUCUGUAGACGUGGAGUGUGAAAGAGCUUUUUUCAUCAGAAUGAAGUGUGUACUGGCGAAAAGGAACGCAGGUCUUACCACAUCAGGCUACAAGGUGAUCCACUGCUCCGGUUACCUCCGAGCGCGAAGGUUCGGUGAAGGCUCUGCCCCCCUCGGCCUAGUCGCUGUAGGCCACUCACUACCGCCGUCUGCCGUCACCGAACUCAAACUACACUCGAACAUGUUCAUGUUCCGAGCUUCGUUGGAUAUGAGACUCAUAUUCUUAGACGCUAGAGUGGCAACACUGACUGGCUACGAACCGCAGGACUUGAUAGAAAAGACUCUGUACCAUUACAUUCAUGGAACCGACGUCUUGCACAUGCGCUACUCACACUGCACACUCCUAACAAAAGGCCAGGUGACGUCACGCUACUACAGAUUCAUGACCAAGUCGGGGGGUUGGGUGUGGAUGCAGAGCUACGCGACCAUAGUGCACAACUCCCGCUCUUCCAGGCCUCACUGCAUCGUUUCCGUCAACUACGUGCUAAGCGAUAUAGAAGAGAAACAUCUAAUACUGAACAUUGACCAGGGUCCUCCGAAACUGAACCACGAAGUACCAACACCUUUAGCACCUACCACGACCCCACAAGUGCCCAUCAGACAAACUGAAAACAAAAUAAACCACGUGCACCUAAACGAAAGCGAUUUCAGCGGCGAUUCAAGCGGCGGUUACCCCUACCCCGAGUACAACCUGCCAGUGUUGCCAACUUACGAACAAGAAGACUUCCAUCACCAACAGAACGGCUCCUACCCCGAACUCUUUUACGAAAACUACCACGAACCGGAAAUUAUGCCCGCCAACAAUUACGUGAACUACCCGCAGAAUCAACGGCCUUACUCCGCGAGCAGUUCCUCCUGUAGUUCUAUAGAAAGUUCCGAGAUUGUGAAUCAGCAAUAUAAUUAUACGAAUUUGAUCUCCUUCUACGGGCACAACGGGCAGAAUCAAAAUGGCCGGCCGAUCGAAGGCAAUUUUGGCGGGAACUUCGGUAAGGUGACACCGAGUCCUUCUGUCCAAGAAGGCGCGUACACUACUGUCAUUGUGGACAAUACACAACAGUUCCACCACCACGGAGGUGGAGUCAACGAAUUUGUACAUUGAC